UGAAGAAAGAGUGAGUAGCAGCGAUAACCUCUUUCUUCACACACUUUGCCUUGAACAGAAAGAAAACCAAAAUCCAUAAGCACAAAGUAAACCAUUUCAGAGGGUAGAGUGUGAAUCACUCAACAUUGUCAGCGCGUGAAGAUGUUCAGGAACCAGUACGACACCGACGUAACAACAUGGUCGCCGGCGGGAAGGCUAUUUCAAGUAGAGUAUGCAAUGGAAGCAGUAAAACAAGGAUCAGCAGCAAUAGGACUUCGAUCGAAGACGCACGUGAUUCUCGCGUGCGUCAACAAGGCUAAUUCUGAGCUUUCAUCUCACCAGAAGAAGAUCUUUAAAGUUGAUGACCAUAUCGGUGUUGCCAUCGCCGGACUCACCGCCGACGGCCGUGUACUUUCUCGAUAUAUGCGUUCGGAGUGUAUUAAUUACAGUUAUUCUUAUGAAUCGCCGUUGCCAGUUGGUCGACUUGUUGUACAGCUCGCUGAUAAAGCUCAGGUUUGUACCCAGCGAUCCUGGAAACGACCUUAUGGUGUUGGCCUGCUUGUAGGUGGGCUGGAUGAAUCUGGCGCUCACCUCUAUUACAAUUGCCCUAGUGGUAACUACUUUGAAUAUCAAGCUUUUGCCAUUGGAUCUCGUUCGCAAGCUGCAAAAACAUACUUGGAGCGUAGGUUUGAGAAUUUCACGGAUUCUUCACGAGGAAGUCUGCUUAAGGAUGCACUUUUUGCAUUGAGGGAGACACUGCAAGGAGAAAAGCUGACAAGCACGAACUGUACGGUUGCUGUGGUAGGAAUAGGAGAGCCUUUCCAUAUGUUGGAUAAAGAUACUAUCCAAGGAUUGAUCACUGAAUUUGAGUUAGCUGGUGAAGAAGCUCCUGCUGCAAGCACAGAUGCAGCUGCUGACGCCGAAUCAGCAGUACCUGAAGCAGGCGCCCCUACUGAUGAAGGUGCUGCACCAAUGGAUAUAUGAUGACGUUAUGUUCUCCUUUGGAUGUUAUUCCUUCCAUAUGCAAAAGUUUCUUGUUAGAAUAUUGAGGUUUCCUUUGGGAGUGGACCAUAUUUUCUGGUUGGACUUUUUUGUUAUGCAAUUAUGUUUUACUCCUUUUGCCGAAACAUUUAGAGUGUCUCUGAUCUUCGUCAUAAUUGUACUACAUAUGGGAAUUUCAUCAGUUGUUACCAUGCGUGAACUGGUGCCAAGAUUUUACUUUGUGCCUCACACUUGUGUGGGGGUUGCCCAUGUUAGACAAGCGUAAUUCAGGAUUUUAAA